CUUCUCUCCCUUCGCAGAAUCUGGAUUAGGUAAAAGAAAUCCAUGGCAAUUCCAGCUGCACUUGUUGUUGUUCCUGUUGGGGUGCUCUUCAUUCUCUCUGGUCUCAUUGUUAAUCUUAUUCAGGCGGCCUUACUUGUCCUCCUUCGGCCAUUGUCAAAGAGUUUGUAUAGAAGGACCAACAAAGUAAUUGUGGAAUUACUAUGGUUGGAGCUCAUAUGGCUCAUUGAUUGGUGGGCAAGCAUUAAGAUUGAGUUGUACACAGAUGCAGCAACAUUUCAAUUAAUGGGUAAAGAACAUGCUCUGGUCAUAUGCAAUCACAGGAGUGAUAUUGAUUGGCUUGUUGGAUGGGUCUUAGCGCAGCGCUCAAGUUGUCUUGGCAGUGCAUUAGCUAUUAUAAAGAGAUCAGCAAAAUUCCUACCUAUCAUAGGUUGGUCAAUGUGGUUUUCCGAUUAUGUAUUUCUGGAAAGAAGCUGGGCUCAGGAUAAAGAAACAUUAAAGUUUGGUUUUAAACAGUUAGAGGAUUUUCCUAUUCCUUUUUGGUUAGCUCUUUUUGUGGAAGGAACUCGCUUCACACAAGCAAAACUCGUAUUAGCCCAAGAUUAUGCUGCAUCUAAAGGGUUACCUAUUCCUCGAAAUGUUUUGAUACCACGUACAAAGGGUUUUGUUUCGGCAGUAUAUCAUAUGCGCUCAUUUGUUCCAGCAAUUUAUGAUUGUACAGUGGCAAUUCCAAAAAAUCAGCCUCCACCGACAAUGUUGAGAAUGUUUAGAGGACAACCUUCUGUGGUAAAUCUGCAAAUUAGGCGUCAUUUAAUGCAAGAACUACCAGAAACUGUUGAUGGCAUUGCACAAUGGUGUAAAGAUAUAUUUGUGACUAAGGAUGCUAUGUUAGAGAAGUAUUUUACUACGGAUGCAUUCAGUGAUCUUGAAUAUCAAGACAUUGGACGACCUAAAAAGUCUUUGAUUGUUGUGAUUUCUUGGUCAUGUUUACUUCUCUUCGGUAUUAUCAAGUUAUUUCAAUGGUUCUCUUUCUUGGCUUCAUGGGAAGUCGUUGCAUUUUCAGUAACAUUCUUGGUCAUUGUUACUAUUGUUAUGCAAAUCCUCAUUCAUUCUUCUGAGUCGAAGCGUUCUACACCCCCUAAGGUAUUUCAAGUAGAUUCAACAAAGGAGAAGCUUCUCUGUUAAGACUUAUUCAAAUUUCACAUAUUUUCUCAUAUUCCGUAACUUCUAAUUUUCCAUAUAUGUAUAAUAUCCUGGUUUUAACUUUGAAUUUCUUUUGUAUCUUUUGUUUUUAUCCGACUCAGAUAG